AUGCUGAUACCUGCCAGAGUGUGCGUAUCCCAGAUAUUGGGCCCAAGUCGGCUCGGCAUCAGAUUGGAAUACACCACAACUCCACUUAGACUCUUCACCACCACUACAUGUUCCUACGCUUCCACCAAGAACUCACACUCGUUCCCAAAGAGCUGGUCAUUCCGCGAAUCUACGGUGCAAUGGAUCAAAUCUUUCAACUUCUCGCAGUUAAAAAACUCGCAGGACCAGCUUCUCUCGCGUGCUCUACCAUAUUACAACAAGAGAGUAAACGGGCUUCUAGCAAAGACCUCGCUAGUACCGGUUGAUUCAAAUGGGAACUACCUCAACGAGCUUUGCAUUGAAAAUGAGUCGGCUGAAGAUGGCAAAACGCAGAAUCUGGUGAUAUUGCAUGGCUAUGCUUCGUCGUUGGGGUGGUUCUACAAGAACUUUGAUGACCUAAUACGAGACAACACCAACACCAAAGUUCACUGCCUGGACAUGCUCGGAUUUGGACUUUCUAGCAAACCAAAGUUGAACUUUGAUGAUGAAACGAAUGGUGUACCUCUUGAAAUAGAAUUUGACCGAGAAAAGCUCGAUCAUCACAAGCAUGUUCACAAAGCUUUGCACUUGCCAGAAAGUUACACUAUAGACGCUUCCAAUUGGACCAGAUACGUGAAAGGGCAGAAAAAGCUGGUUACAAGUGUGGAGAGUACAUAUGUUGAUUCAAUUGAGAAUUGGAGAAGCGAACGGGGAAUUGAAUCGUUUGAUCUGUUGGGGCAUUCGUUGGGAGGGUACAUGUCAAUAGCAUACGCCUUGAAAUAUCCCAAUAGGGUGAAUAGACUCAUUCUAGCAUCACCAGGGGGUGUUGAAAGGUCGCCAUAUGCAAUUUCGAACCCGAAAAUGAAACAGCUGAUCGAGAAUGUGGGAGAGUCCGGGAAAAUAAAACUCAAACCGAGCAAUUCUCCUGGUGAAUACGGGUUCUUGGGGAGAUUGCCGACCCUCAAAAGACGAUUUGUGAAGUUCUGGCAAAACCAGCAUUCUUUCUUCACUCUGCUGCGGUUGUCGGGUCCUUAUGGUCCUCGUGCCAUAUCAGCCUACACUUUCAAACGAUUUACUCGGAGCGGGAAUAUCAGCUCGCUGGAUGAACUCUCACUAUUCACCUCAUACAUAUACAACUCAUUUACAACUCCCAGCUUUAGUGAGACAUCCAUCAUGAAGAUUUUUGCUCCACCAGUUAUGGCAAAAUGGCCCAUGCUGGACCGCAUUGACCAGCUCCAGUGCAAGACGCUCUGGCUCUAUGGCCAGUAUGAUUGGAUGUUCAAUAUUACAGGUCAAAUAUGUGUGGAUCAAUUGAACGGGAGGAAAGGUGUUGAGAAAGGCUCGGAAGCAGUUUUUUGCGUUAUUCCGAAUGCUGGCCAUAAUGUCUAUUUUGAUAAUUGGAGGGGGUUCAAUGGAGAGGUGAAAAAGUUUUUAGGGUGGAGGUAG